UGGGACCCUACCUUGGGCUGGGUUUUGGGUUCUUUCAUUGGGCCAAUGUGUCCAACAUCUGAGCACAGCGUUUCGCCGACACUCUCUUCCACGAGUCCUCUCCUCCGUCGGACAACUAAAGCAAAGUUCUUCCCCAAACCAAACUCUGAUUAAAGUUCUCUCUCUCUCUCUCUCUCUCUCUCUCUCUCUCGUUCGAGCUGAAGAAAUCUCCUCACCGAGUAGAUGAAAUUGUUGUGAGAUUUACACAAUUCAAGUUUCUGUUCAGAGUGUUUGAUUAUCUAUGAAGAUCGUUCGUAGAGACUAUAUCCCCGACGGCCCUGGUAGCGUCAAGAUGGUUCCAGAGGAGGCAGAUGACUUAUGGCUUGCUUAUAAUCUCAUAGCUACCGGCGACACUGUCCUAGCCGUUACCGUUAGGAAAGUUUUAAGACAAGCGGCCUCUGGAGGGAGAGAUGCGGAACGUGUGAAGCUAAAAUUGGAGAUCAAAGUUGAGGCUGUGGAUUAUGACAAAGAAGGGUCUGUCUUGCGUAUACGUGGAAGGAAUAUCCUAGAGAACGAACAUGUAAAGAUAGGGGCAUUCCAUACGCUUGAAAUUGAGUUGCAUCGACCUUUUGUUUUAAGAAAGGAGGUUUGGGAUUUGCUGGCAUUAGAUGUACUCCGUCAAGCCUCUGACCCUUCUGCAAGUGCUGAUCUGGCUGUGGUCUUAAUGCAAGAGGGAUUGGCACAUUUAUUCCUUAUUGGUAAAAGUGUUACAAUUACUCGUUCUCGAAUAGAAGCUUCAAUUCCUCGCAAGCAUGGGCCUGCUAUUGCUGGUUACGAUAAAGCUUUGAAUAAGUUCUUUGACAAUGUUUUAACGGCUUUCCUGAAACACAUUGACUUCAACGUUGUUCGUUGUGCUGUGAUCGCAAGUCCAGGUUUCACAAGGGAUCAGUUUCAUCGUCACUUAUUGUUGGAGGCCGAGAGGAAACAGCUGAGACCUAUUAUUGAGAACAAGUCACGCAUAAUUCUUGUGCAUACAACCUCGGGAUACAAGCAUAGCUUGAGAGAGGUUUUGGAUGCUCCAAAUGUCAUGAAUAUUAUAAAAGAUACAAAAGCAGCAGAAGAGGUUCGAGCUCUUAAGGAGUUUUUCAACAUGCUUUCUAAUGUCAGGUUCUACCCUAAGAAGUUUGUCCAAACCCUUCUUGUCACUGAUGAACUCUUCAGGAGUUGCGACAUAGCGACAAGGCAAAAAUAUGUUAAUUUGGUCAAAUCAGUCAAGGAUUCGGGGGGCACUGCUCUCAUAUUCUCGUCCAUGCAUGUCUCUGGAGAACAACUGGCGCAGCUGACCGGUAUUGCAGCAAUCCUCCGAUUUCCUUUACCGGACUUGGAAGACAUUGAGAUGUGAUAAAAGAUUUUGGGGGUAUGGAGCUAAUUACUCAUUUUUGCUCCAUCAUGUUUGUAUAUCUUAGUAUUUUUUUUUUUUUUUUUUAUAUUUAAAACAAAAUUAUGUAAGUGACGUAUUUUUUCUAAAUCUGGCAGCUUGUGGAUGAGUAUUACAGGGCUAGUUAACAUAUUAUUUAUUUGUUUAUUUUUAUUAUUAUAAUUGUUAUUUUUUUUGACGCUGAAAAUUCCAACCGUAGCAUCAAAGCCCUAGCCACCGGUGAACUCUGUUGAUUUAGUUAACAGUUUUAUCUAAUAGAAUCUGUGUAAACUAUUAUCAUUCCUGAUUUAAA